AUGAAGAUGUCAAAACUCUCCAAUCAGACCAACUCGCAGGACCCGCAGGCGGUAAACUCGAGAGUUUUCGUCGGCAACCUCAACACAUUUCAGUGCUCCAAGACUGAUGUGGAGCGGAUGUUUCAACGCUACGGCCGGUUGGCAGGAAUUUCCAUGCAUAAAGGAUACGCAUUUGUGCAGUUUACAAAUCCUUUUGAUGCUCGGAACGCAUGUCACGGUGAGGAUGGUCGAACGGUGCUCAGCCAAACGUUAGAUGUGAACAUGGUGGCAGAACCCAAACCACACCAAACUGGCCGGAAGCGACAGAACAAAUCUAAAACCGGAAAUGAUUGGGAUUAUUACUACGACAGUUACUACGCAUCGACACUCUUCGGCCCGCUUCAGCAGCAACCGAACUCGCAACCCCGACCCCUCAAACGGCAACGGUUGAUGGCUCCCGGGCGCAUGGGAAUGACACCCAAGUUGAACGGUGCCGGGCCCAUCCUCGGACACGGACAUCCCCAGCAACAGCAACAACAGCAGCAGCAACAGCAACAACAACAGCAGCAGCAGCAACAGCAGCAACACAUGCAGCUGGCGGCACACACCCAGCAGCAACUGCAACAACACCUGCAGCAGGCGGCCACGAGUCCGGUGGCGAACGCUUGCCAGCAGCUCGGCAGCUUCUACAACCAACAGACCAACCAGAUCGGCUCCAGCAAUGGCGUCCAGAUGGGUCCGCUGGCGAACGGGGGGUGCAUCGGCUCGAACGGGUACAUCAACAACAACAACUGCAUGAUGAACGGGGUCGAGCUGGGCGGAAAUGUGGUGGCGGUGGUCGGCGGCCCUGCGGGAGGUUGCAACAUGUCGAGCUACACCAACGGCCAGCACGUGGUGGGGCCAUUCAAAACGUACAGUAAUCCCGAUACACUGAUCUGCGGCAACUGCCGGGAGCUGUUCACCGACCUGACCGAGCUGCUGGAUCACAAGCGUAGCUACUGCAAGCUUCGCUUCACCUGCAAGUGUCUCAGUACCUCCCCGGUGCAGAAAGUUUAUCCCGCACCCCACGCCAAGCUGCUGUGCGUCGCGUGCAAGGACUCGUUCUCCAAUCCGUGGGACUUGAUGGUGCACGUCCAGGCCGCGCACAUGGUGAACAUCUACGAGCUCGGCUCGGACGGGGCGUCGGGCGAUGACAGCAAGACGUCUUCGUCCUCCUCGUCCUCCUCCUCCUCAUCAUCGUCCUCGUCCUCCUCGUCUUCGGCAGCGUCGGGUUGCGAUCGUACCCCCAACAGUACGCCCACCAUGCCCGCCUCACCCUCGUCGGCCCAGGAGCUGGUCAAAGUCAACGGUAAUGGGUUGGCGGGUGGCAAUGGCGUUCUGCCGAUGGCCACGAACGGAGUGCACGAGCUGGACGACGAAAAGCACGAUCAUGUCGAGGAAACGCAAUCGCAGGCGACCCUCGGUUCCCCGGAAGGUCUCCAGACGGCGUCUUCGAAUGAGGACAUUUCUUCGAUGACCGAUGCGACCAUCGGCUGCAAUGGGAAGGUGGAAUCGUCGGUGCUGCACGCGAAUGGAUUCGUUAAUGGUGGCAUGAACGCACCCGGGCUGAAGGAGACAAACCCGCCAAGGGCAUGCAUCAUGACGGCACUCAGUAUAGACACAAAAUCCAACUCAGAUGCACUGAAAAUGGUAACGUCUUCGAUGGGCAUAACGCUUACUAAUGGCGCUACCGUUACAGCCGUUACGCAGUGA